AUGUUUGACACCUACCCCGUAAUAGCCUCGGGCGGGUACACCCAGCUGCGUGUCUUCAGCGGCAUCCCCGAGUGCGAGUACCGCUUCAGCACCAACCUGGGCGCCCGGGAGAGCUUCACGCUGCGGGGCCUGGACUUCUACUCCUCGGGCAGUGUGGCCACAGGACCCGAGGGCAUCUUCACGCUCACCUACACGGUGGAGAGCCUGACCGAAGGUUGCCAGGAUUUGGAGGGCGGCACCCAGCAGCUGUACGAGGCCACCGCCCACAGCCUCUUCCUGCGCCCCGCCCACACCAUCUCCAAGUACUGGUACGAGGACGACGUGCAGAAGUCCAACCGUUCCAGGGCCCUGGUCCGCACCCUGGCCAACCUGCUGGCCACCACCCGCGUGGUGUGGUCGGAAGAGCCGUCCGGCAGCGUUGCCCUCGACCUGCCCGCCCGCAACCACGACCUCUACGAGCUCCCCACGGGUUUCUACAAUGUCCAGGUGGCGGAGCACCCGCUGGCCACGGUGGAGCUGCGGGCCGGCGGGGUCUACGUCCUGGCAAUCGGCCAGAGCCGCUCCGAAGGCUUCGUGUCCGAGCUGCUGGAAGUGACGCCCCCGAACUCGAUGAGCAUGCUCUGGCUGGUCCCCCAGUACGUGGUGAUGACCCUCGGGGAGGUGAUGUUCUCAGUGACAGGCCUGGAGUUCUCCUACUCGCAGUCCCCGCCCAGCAUGAAGAGUGUCCUACAGGCCUGCUGGCUCCUGACGGUGGCCUUCGGCAACGUCAUCGUGGUGGUGGUGGCGGAGGCCAAGUUCUUCGACUCUCAGGCCAGCGAGUUCUUCCUCUUCGCCGGGCUGAUGUUUGUGGACAUGCUGGUCUUCAUGGUGAUUGCCUUCUACUAUAUCCCCUACGACGAGGAGGCGGCCUACGCCGAGCGGUUGAGGGAGAGGCUGCGGGAACUGGAGGAGGAACGCGAGCGGAAACGGAUACGGCAGCUGGCACAGGAGCAGUGGAGUGACUGUGCCAGUUUCAGGAGCUAUUGA